AAAUCAGCAGCCCAACACUGACUCUGUUCCAAAGAAAAAGACAGAAACACGUAUUUGGACGGAACCAUCAGCACAAACAGCACAAGCACAACAGCACGCCACGCAGUGUCGGAAUCUACUGUCUCUGACCAAAACAUGAAUUUCGCAGAACAGGAAGUGGAUUUAUUUGGGGAAGAGGAGGAUGACAAUAAUGGGGCUCGCCGAUCGUCCCCUUCCUCCUCACAAUCAUCAUCAUCAUCGUCUUCCGGCUCGUCGUCGUCAUCUUCGUCUGCCGCAGCUUCAUCUUCUUCAGAUGGCAGUGAUGGCGAAGAGAGCGAUGGAGGACGCGAAGGUGGGGGCGGUAAGAGCGGCAGCAGUGGAGGGGAAGAGGAGGGUGGUAGAGAAGUCGAAACUAAUAAUCAGUAUUAUAGUAAUUAUAAUGAUAGUAACCAUGAGAGGGGCUCUGAUGUGAAUGAAGAAGAAGACGAAGAAGAAGAAGAAGAGAGAGAUCUUUUUGGGUCUGAUAAUGAAGAUUAUGUUAAAACCACUGUUGUCAGUCCUCACCCAAUUCCUGUGUUGCCUGCCAUGCGCCAUCCACACAAUCCGGGUAGGGGGAACUUUGGACGUGGUCGUUGGCACAAUAAUAGAGGAGCAGGCCUCCUUCCCCGGCCAGGAUUUCCACCCAGACAGGGCUAUGGCUAUGGUUCUAAAUUUGCAAAUGGUCAUCGUGAUGAAAGAUUUGUUUCUGAACUGAAGUUUUCCAAGAGUGAUGAAACAUUAUCGAGAAAAUGUGUUGCCUUUCAGGAGCCAUGCGAACUUGCUUGCUAUAGUCGGAUCGAGGGUGGAGAGGUCUACUUUGAUGAUCGCAGCUUGAGGCUUUUCAAGCGUCUUAUUUCGGAAGAUGUUGGAGCUGAUCUGAACGAAGGCUUUGAUACUUUCAUUGAGAAAAGGGACUUGGGCUCCCAGGGAUUUGGUGACCUUCUUGCAUGCAUAAGAGACAAAAACAUUCCCCUUCAAAAUAUGCAUUUUGUGACUUUCCGUAACAACCUUAACAAGAUACUCGCAACUGCUUAUAUGCGACAUGAACAUUGGGAAAUGGGGGUGCACAAAAGGAAUGGAGUUGUCUAUCUUGAUGUGCAUAAACUACCAGAAAGACCGCAAAGCGAGUUGGAGCGUAGAAGAUGUUAUUGGGGAUAUUGCUUUGAGAGCCUUGCCACUGAAGAUCCAAGGAGAGCUAAUGGAGAAGCGAUACAUCAUGUUGAUUCCAACGUUGAAUAUUGUUCUGUGAUUAAAACUAAAUUAGGGGCUCAUCGUAUUCUGAUGGGUGCUGAAAUGGAUUGCUGUGAUUCAACUGAUAGCGGGAGGAGGUUUUAUGUGGAGUUGAAGACUAACCGCGAGAUAGAUAAUUAUCAUCAAGAGGAAAGAUUCGAGAAAGAGAAACUGCUGAAGUGUUGGAUUCAAGCUUUUUUAGCUGGUGUUCCUUAUAUUGUUAUUGGAUAUAGGGAUGAUGCAGGCCGACUUGUCCGCACGGAGAGAUUAACAACCAAGGAUAUAACACAGAGAGUAAAAAUGAAAAACUACUGGCAGGGAGGUGUGUGCCUAGCAUUCGCUGAUGAGGUAUUAUGCUGGCUUUAUGGAACAGUCAAAGAAAACGAAGAUUACAUAUUGCAGUUUGCUCCGCCUUUCACACGUUUAGAGCUUCUGCAAGCCCAAUCUUGCCCUGAAGCGAUCACCAGCCAUGUUGAGCAAAUGUAGAACAGCUGGAUACUCCCUGAUCAAAUGAUUUAAACACGGAUUUAAAUGGGUUUAUGAUAUUGACUUGGGUUUUUUUCCCCUCCCCAUUGUUGUUGUAAUCUACAAUGCAUAGUCUCAGCUGAAAUCUUGUGCCCAUCCUAAAGUGAAUUGGCUUUUUUUUCAGUGAAGUGGGCUUCUCCAUAAAAAAGUUAGACCUUUGUAAAUUCAAUGCAUUGAUGAAGAGAGAAGAUUAACCUGUG